GCACGACUGGGUUCCUGGAAGAGACGCCUAUUACCUUGGCUCUUGAGAAAAAGCGGCAGCCCUGGGACCUGGGCGGGCGCCUGCCCAGCCGGGCCUUGGGGCCUCAGAGCGUCUGGGCCCCACUGUCUGGGAAGAGGCCCGGCACUCGGUCCGCAGCCGGAGAGUCUCUGAGGGAUGAGGACGCCACAGCCGGGUGGACCGCACUUUCCGCUCUCGUGGCCCCGAGCGCGCGGCGCCCAGGAGCCGGGCCGAGCCUGACGCCCUGUCGUCUCCCCUCGCGCACGGGGCUCUGCGAGUGACCCGACCGGCCGGCUCCCUGCUGCAUGGAGCGGCUGCAGAAGCAACCACUUACCUCCCCUGGGAGCGUCAGCUCCUCCCGAGGCUCCAGUGUUCCCGGCUCUCCCUCCAGCAUCGUGGCCAAGAUGGACAAUCAGGUGCUGGGCUACAAGGACUUGGCUGCCAUCCCCAAGGACAAGGCCAUCCUGGACAUCGAGCGGCCUGACCUCAUGAUCUAUGAGCCCCACUUUACCUAUUCUGUCCUGGAACACGUGGAGCUGCCCAGAAGCCGGGAGCGCUCACUGUCACCCAAAUCCACAUCCCCCCCACCAUCCCCAGAGGUGUGGGCGGAGAGCCGGUCCCCUGGAACCAUCUCUCAGGCUUCGGCCCCAAGAACCACCGGGACCCCCCGGACCCCCCUACCCCAUUUCCACCAUCCUGAGACCACCCGCCCAGAUUCCAACAUCUACAAGAAGCCACCUAUCUACAAGCAGAGAGAGUCCACGGGAGGCAGCCCUCAGAGCAAGCACCUCAUCGAGGACCUCAUCAUCGAGUCCUCCAAGUUCCCUGCAGCCCAGCCGCCUGACCCCAACCAGCCAGCCAAGAUUGAAACCGACUAUUGGCCUUGCCCCCCGUCGCUGGCUGUCGUGGAGACAGAAUGGAGGAAACGGAAGGCAUCUCGGAGGGGCGCCGAAGAAGAGGAAGAGGAGGAAGAUGAUGACUCCGGGGAGGAGAUGAAGGCUCUCAGGGAGCGUCAGCGAGAGGAACUCAGUAAGGUUACUUCCAACUUGGGAAAGAUGAUCUUGAAAGAAGAGAUGGAAAAGUCAUUGCCUAUCCGGAGGAAAACCCGCUCCCUGCCGGACAGGACACCCUUUCAUACCUCCUUGCAUGCAGGCACAUCGAAGUCGUCUUCUCUCCCCGCCUAUGGCAGGACCACGCUGAGCCGGCUACAGUCCACAGACUUCAGCCCCUCUGGGAGUGAGACUGAAAGCCCAGGCCUGCAGAACGGAGAGGGCCAGAGGGGGAGGAUGGACCGGGGGAACUCCCUGCCCUGUGUGCUGGAGCAGAAGAUCUAUCCCUACGAAAUGCUGGUGGUGACCAACAAGGGGAGAACCAAGUUGCCUCCCGGUGUGGAUCGGAUGAGGCUUGAGAGACACCUGUCAGCCGAGGACUUCUCAAGGGUAUUCUCUAUGUCUCCUGAAGAGUUUAGCAAGCUGGCCCUGUGGAAGCGGAACGAACUCAAGAAAAAGGCUUCUCUCUUCUGACCACCCUUCCCACUCCACGACUGAUGCUCUUCCCUGCUGCUUCAGGGCU